AUGGAUUUCAAAGACGUAUUGGUCGCUUUCAGACAGAGCAUCUGCCUACCUCCUUCUGGAAUAACAGGAACCAUCCUCCCAUGGAUCUGUUGGUCUCUCUGGACAGCGAGAAACACAUUGCUCUUUGAAGACCGACAUAUUACACAGGAAGAAGUAGCUACAAAAGGAACUCGAUUAGCAAGAGAAUGGUGUUCUGCCCAAAUACUGAAAGGAAAAGGCGCAAACUCCUCACCUGAAAGCGUUCUCCACAAGGCAAGGCCACACGCAGAUCCCCAAAUUCCGAUAUGUAGAUCAGACGCGGCAUGGGAAAAAUCAUCGAACAAGGCGGGGUUAGCUUGGAUCAUCUCGGGAGCGCAAAGCAACAUCAAGAAGCAAGGAUCAACAACCCAGGAAUUUGUAUCAUCACCACUAGUAGCAGAAGCUCUAGCGCUUCGACUUGGAAUCAUCGCAGCAGCGAAUCUUGGUCUCCCAAAGAUCAGAAUGCUCUCUGACAAUCAAACGCUCAUCAGAGCAAUCACCAACGACAUGCAGAUCAAAGAGAUUUUCGGAAUCAUUAAGGAUAUCCAUCAAAUCUCUACUGCUUUUGUCGAUAUCUCCUUUGCUUUUCUCCCCCGAUUUGGAAAUGCUAAUGCUGAUUAUUUGGCUAAGCAAACCCUAAUGGGUCAUCAUGUUGCCCCACUGGGCUAG